AUGCGUUCGUUAGGGUUUGUGUUUUGUUGGAUCUCGUUUCUAGCGUUAUCACUCUCACUCUCUGCUUCUUCAUCCGAUGAUCAAUUCAGCGUCGACGGAACAGUACUAGAGCUCACCGAUUCCAACUUCGACUCGGCGAUUUCAACUUUCGAUUGCAUCUUUGUCGAUUUCUAUGCUCCUUGGUGUGGUCACUGCAAGCGUCUUAACCCCGAGUUAGAUGCAGCUGCUCCUAUUCUUGCUAAACUGAAGCAGCCUAUCAUCAUUGCGAAGCUCAAUGCUGACAAAUAUUCUCGUCUUGCGCGGAAGCUUGAGAUCGAUGCAUUCCCAACACUCAUGCUCUAUAACCAUGGAGUUCCAAUGGAGUACUAUGGACCGAGGAAAGCGGAUUUGCUCGUCCGUUACUUGAAAAAGUUUGUCGCUCCUGAUGUUGCGGUUCUUGAGUCAGACUCAGCCGUGAAGGAGUUCGUUGAAGAUGCAGGGACUUUCUUCCCCGUGUUCAUCGGAUUUGGCUUGAACGAAUCGUUGAUAGCAUCAUUAGGUGGGAAGUAUAAGAAAAAAGCAUGGUUUGCUGUUACAAAGGAUGUCUCAGAGGAUGUAAUGGUGUCCUAUGAUUUCGCUAAGGCUCCUGCGUUAGUAGCCAAGCAUCCAACGUACGAUGAGCGUAGCGUCUUCUAUGGUCCAUUUGAAGAUGGUUUCUUGGAAGAAUUUGUGAAACAAAACUUACUCCCUUUGGUUCUACCAAUUAACCAGGACACCUUGAAGCUACUAAAAGACGAUGAGAGAAAGAUAGUGUUGACAAUUGUGGAAGAUGAAACUCACGAGAGCGUGGGGAAACUGAUCAAAGCACUGAGAGCAGCUGCUCAUGCGAACCGUGACCUUGUUUUUGGCUUCGUCGGUGUAGAGCAGUUUGAAGAAUUUGCAGACUCGUUUCAUGCUGACAAGAAAGCAAAGCUACCUAAGAUCGUUGUAUGGGAUGGAGACGAGGAGUAUGAUCAGGUGAAUGGCAUAGAGAGCAUUAGCCAAGAGGAAGAUCAUCUGACACAAGUCUCUCGGUAUCUAGAGGGAUAUAGAGAAGGAAGAACAGAGAAGAAGAGAAUCAAAGGACCAUCAUUGAUGGGAUUUAUCAACUCUAUGAUCGGGAUUAGGUCAGUGUACAUCAUUGUCUUCUUGGUUGCUGUCAUUAUGAUGCUACGAAGCCUCGGCCAAGUGGAGGAACCCGUUCGGGCCAGGACCUCGGCGGCUGAUCAGACCACUAGUGUCACUGAAGGUGAAACCAGUGAGCAUAAGCCAAGAGACAAAGAGGAUUAG